GUCCCUGACGGCUGCGACGAAGCAACUGGUUCAAAGACACGGCUUGUUUAAAUACAACAGUAUAUUUCUCUUUUUUUGGAUUCCUUAAAAUUUCAAAACGUCGUACGCUAUGAGAGGAGACCGGGGCCGCGGGCGGGGCGGCCGCUUCGGCUCCAGAGGAGGACUCGCCCAGGGGUAUCGUCCUUUUGUGCCACACAUCCCCUUUGACUUCUAUGUGUGUGAGAUGGCGUUUCCCCGAGUAAAGCCGGCUCCAGACGAGACUGCUUUCAGCGAGUGUUUGCUGAAGAGGAACCAGGACCUUAGCCCCACGCCAGCCGAGCAGUCAUCCAUCCUGUCCCUGGUGACCAAGAUCAACAAUGUCAUUGACAAUCUUAUUGUGGCCCCAGGGAACUUUGAAGUGCAAAUUGAAGAAGUUCGUCAAGUUGGAUCUUACAAGAAGGGCACCAUGACAACAGGACAUAACGUGGCUGACCUUGUUGUCAUUCUCAAGAUAUUACCGACAUUGGAGGCAGUUGCUGCUCUAGGAAACAAGGUUGUUGAGACCCUUCGCUCCCAGGAUCCAUCAGAAGUGCUAUCCAUGCUCACUAAUGAGACAGGCUUUGAAAUCAGCUCUGCCGAUGCCACCGUUAAAAUCCUCAUCACUACUGUGCCGCCCAACCUACGCAAGCUAGACCCUGAGCUGCAUUUGGACAUCAAGGUGCUGCAGAGCGCCCUGGCUGCCAUUCGUCAUGCCCGCUGGUUUGAAGAGAACGCAUCCCAAUCCACGGUGAAAGUUCUGAUUCGUUUGCUGAAGGAUUUGAGGGUCCGAUUCCCUGGAUUUGAGCCUCUGACACCCUGGAUCCUAGACUUAUUGGGUCACUCUGCAGUUAUGAACAAUCCCUCCAGGCAGCCGCUGUCUCUGAAUGUUGCAUACAGACGCUGCCUGCAGAUGUUGGCUGCAGGCCUUUUUUUGCCCGGUUCUGUGGGCAUCACUGACCCAUGUGAGAGCGGAAACUUCAGGGUGCACACAGUCAUGACACUAGAGCAGCAGGACAUGGUGUGCUUCACAGCACAGACGCUGGUCAGGAUUCUCUCACAUGGGGGCUACCGGAAGAUCCUGGGUUUAGAGGGAGAUGCCAGCUAUCUUGCCACAGAGAUGUCUACCUGGGAUGGGGUAAUUGUGACACCAUCGGAAAAGGCCUACGAGAAACCGCCAGAGAAGAAGGAAGGGGAGGAUGAGGCACUGGAGGAUGGUGGAGAGGGAGAAGAAGAGAGCAUGGAGACACAGGAGUGAUGAUGAAGAAUUAUGACAAACCAGCAGCUCGGAGGAUUAUCUUAAUCCAGCUACAGUCUUGUUUGACCCCACACCUGUAAGGAAGAACCUUUUCUGUGUUUUGCAUUUUUGUACAUUCCCCUUUUUAUGUGUUUAAUAAUUUACAUCCAGAAGUUGGCAAAAAUAAACUUUGGUUUUUAGUGAUUUUUUUUUUUUUUUUUUUUUUUAA